AUGCCAUCCUGGACGAUCCCCACGGUACCUGGAUUCGAACACCCUCUAGACGUAUUGAACAACGACCAUUUGCUACAGGGAGCAAACGGCGGCAACUACAUCCACAACUCGACCAUCAGCAAUACCAACAUCACUGUCAACAACAACUUCAGCAACCCUACCACUCAUCGCAACGUGGCCGAGGAUAAACCCGACGCUAUACCCGAAGAGAGACGUUUCCACCUGAGUUUGGGCCUGGCGGAUCCUAGGCUGCAGCAAGGCUCGCAACACUUGGGCUUCGGAUCACUCGGUACUGAUAGCGGUGCAUUGUCGGAGAUCCUCACCGCGACCCACGAACACCCCUCACUCUCUUUCAAACCCGCUCUCACGGUCUUACCCACAUCCAACAACUCUCGCUUCAGACAACUGUUUCAGCAAAAGAUGGCAGCCGAAGCUAGUCGACAACACGGUUCGACGGAUUCGCCCAACGGGAGCGAGCGAGCGGGAACUGCUCCUCAACAGCAAGACCCCAGUCUCGACCAGAGCCGUCCCAGUUGGGCUCAAACCAACUCGAUGGCGUCAGGUCACAGCAACAACGACAAUAAUCUCGCUGUAAACACCGCUCAGGCUGAAGAAUUGGCCGGUUACGGCCGGGAGGGAGAUCAGGACAAUCUCGCGAGACCUGCUACCUCGGACGGUGUCCUAUACCUCAACAACAAGAGCCCUGCAAUUGGGGCGCAGUCCCAGUCCGGCGAGCGUCAUCCUGCGUCAGCAGAUGCCAAUCUGCCUGUCCCCUUGCCAUCGUGGCAAAACCCCAUGGCUUCGUCCUCUGGGUACAGGCCGCAGCCUCAGCAAUCUCCUUAUUACCAGCGUAUGCUUGCGGCGAAAUUGGCAGCGGCUCAGCAGCAAGAGGACAUGGGCGUCAAGGACGAGAGCAGCAACUAUAUGCCUUCCAUGAACCAGUCCGACAUUGCGUACAUGCCAUCCACUUACAGCCCGAUGUACCAGAUGUUUAGCGGUGGCGGUGGUCUCGAUGGCCAUUAUCAGGCGCAACACGCUCCGCAGGGUCACACAGAGCCUUGGAACAUGCAUGCUCAGCAGGCUCAUCAUCAGCAAUAUGGUCCCGGUUCGGAAGACGCUGGCUACCUCGGUCUGGUCAACAGUGGUAGCAACCACAGCGGCAGUCACAACGGCGGGUACCCGGACCAGUACAACGGUCAUGCCGCUGGGACGCCUUGGAACCAGUAUUACCCGUCCGACGGCUCCAACUCGAGAAACCCACAGGGGACGCACUCUCAGACACCUCAACCGAGCGUGUCUGGCCAGUGGAACCGUCAUGACGGUAACAGCGAAUCAGAGGUACCUCCUCCAGCCGUCGAGGACUGGAUGGCGGCGUGGCCUCAUAUCAAGAACCCUGGACACGAGGUUCCUGCCAAACCAGCACCUGCGCCCGCAUCAUCUUCCCGCAAAAAAGUUGAUACAGAGCCCAAGCCCAAGAAGGACAGUAGCGCGGCGGCUGCGAACAAGGCAGCUGUAGCCGGAGGGGAUGCACCGAAAAAGGCAGCUUUGGCUUGUCACUUUUGUCGAGGGAGGAAGCUCAAAUGUGACGCCAUCCGACCUACCUGCUCUCAUUGCGCCAAGCGAUCCCUGAACUGUUCGUACGACGUAGAAAUCCGAAGGCGCGGACCGGGAAAGAGAAAGAAGGAGCUUUUGGCUCAGCAGCAGGCCAGGGCCAACGGUGAACCGUAUCACUCGGACGAUACCAAGAACGGUUCGAGCAGGAAACGCAAGUCUGGGCACGGCGAGAACGGCAGCGAGCAGGACGACGGCAGUCCAUCCGAUUCGAUCGGAUUGAACUCGGGUCCUGACAUGAGCGUGCAAGGCACAUCAUCGAACGUCGACCAGUACUCGCAACAGGCCUAUUCGGCGCACUCGAUGUCUGCGCCAUACGAUGCCUACCAGCAACAACAACACUACAGCAACCAGAUGUACCCCUCCAAUCCCGUCGAGGCCUAUCAUCACUCGGCUUACCAUGCCGCUGCGUAUCAUCAGCAGUAUGACGCCGUCUCCAACGACAGGAGUCGGCCGAUGUCUCACGGCUACGAGGUGCUGGGCGGUAGCGGGCCGUCGUACGGACAAGGUUACCCUAGCGAACGCCCAGGCGGUGCCGGUAGCGACGAGCAUCAAUCAAAGAGGGUGAAGCUGGAGGGGUAG